CCGUCCCAGCUUCGGUGAGUGGACCCUGCCAGGCCUCGGGUUCCGGUGGGCGCGUGGGCAGCCAGCUAGGCUUCGCAGUUGUCCCAGGCCCACCGGCGGGCUCCUGCCGCCAUGGACCUAUUGUUCGGGCGCCGUAAAACGCCAGAGGAGCUGCUGCGGCAGAACCAACGGGCCCUGAACCGCGCCAUGCGAGAACUGGACCGUGAGCGGCAGAAGCUAGAGACCCAGGAGAAGAAAAUCAUCGCAGACAUCAAGAAAAUGGCCAAGCAGGGCCAGAUGGAUGCUGUGCGAAUCAUGGCAAAGGACCUGGUGCGUACACGGCGCUACGUGCGCAAGUUUGUGCUGAUGCGGGCCAACAUCCAGGCUGUAUCCCUCAAGAUCCAGACACUCAAGUCUAACAACUCAAUGGCGCAAGCCAUGAAGGGCGUCACCAAGGCCAUGGGCACCAUGAACAGACAGCUGAAGCUGCCCCAGAUCCAGAAGAUUAUGAUGGAGUUUGAGAGGCAGGCGGAGAUCAUGGACAUGAAGGAGGAGAUGAUGAACGAUGCCAUCGACGACGCCAUGGGAGACGAGGACGACGAAGAGGAGAGGUGUGCGGUGCUGCUCCCACAGGGCCUCUAACCCCCUCCUCCCCCUGCAGACCUUCCCUCCACUGGAGGCUCACUCAGUGUGGCUGCCAGUGGGAAGAAAGCAGAGGCCGCAGCCUCGGCCCUGGUGGACGCUGACGCAGACCUGGAGGAACGGCUCAAGAACCUGCGGAGGGACUGACUGCUCCAGGCCCCCAGGGGCCCAGUGGAUGAGUUUUCACUGUACCCUUUCCUUUAUGUAAUAAAAGAGAUUGAACACCA